GUUACGGUGUCCGACAUAUCUGGUGGAGGUUAGAGAUAAUCAGGAAAUUAUUUUUCCUCUCUUUAUCUAAACCCUUUCUCACUUCGGUGGGGGUUUAAACUUUGAUUACCUCCGACAUGUCUUAGGAUUGGUCCAUGGUAUACAAACAGCCUCUCCAAUGAAGAAAAACACUUGUACUAUGUUGCGUCCUAAGCGUGGAAGGUUGGCCAGUGCCACCAGUGGCCCUGCAACCAGUGUCUCAUCAAACUCUGAAGCUGUCCAAGAAUCAUCUCCACAGUUCAGACACUUGACUAUGCCUCAGCACAAUCACAACCUCCUCAAGUUUUUGAAUGAGGACCGAACCCGCCAGAAAUUCUGUGACGUGUCAGUGUCUGUAGGUGGGACAGUUUACAGUGCCCAUAAGGUGGUGUUGGCCCAUGGGAGCAGCUACUUCCAUGCAGAGCUCUCCAAGAAUCCUUCUGCCACAGCUUAUGUGACACUGGACCAUGUGAAAGAUUCAGUUUUCCAGCAUCUGCUUGGCUUCCUGUAUACUGCAGAGUGCACCGUUGCAGAGAAGGAUCUUCCAGCUGUAGCUGAGGCAGCGCGAUUCUUGGAUAUGAUGGAUAUAUUAAAGCUGUUGUGUUGGGACUCUGGUGGUGUGAUCCAUGGCAAGGCUGAAACGAGAGAGCCUCCUGAGGUAGAGCUUGCCACAGAAAUUUCCUUGCAGGGAAAUUUAGCUGAGACUCACAGUGAUGUUCAGCAGGAGACCUUAGCUGAAGAGGUGAAGACGAGGAGUGCAACCACACGGACAUCGGCUCGUAGGAGGAAGACACCCACUAAAUAUAAGAGAGAUGAUGUAAAGUCCUCUUUGAAUCUUGAGGAAAAACAAGGAACUGUAUCAUCAAGACAGGAAGAUGAAGCAGUAGGGGUGGUUGCAGAAAACCAGAUGCCAGAACUAAGUGGGAAUGAGAGCUCUAAACAAACUCAUGGGGAUGAUGUAAUGGAUGAAGAUGGAGAGGAUGAAGGAGACGUGAACGCAGGGAGUAUUUCUCAGAAGAGUCAGCAGGCUUCACUAACUGAGGGGUCGAAGCAACAGGAUGUGCAAAAGCCAGUUGUUCGUGCGCCAGCGGCAGGAAGCUCCAACCGGAGUUCAGCGUAUCCCGAAGGUCUAGCUCCAGUCAUCAUCCAAACCUCCAGCAAGAAGACCCUCAAGUGUCCCAAAUGUGAUAAGACCUUUGACCGUGCAGGGAAAUAUGAGAGUCAUACCAGAGUGCACACUGGAGAGAAACCAUUCCAGUGUGACAUCUGCCUUCAGUGCUACUCCACAAAGUCUAACCUGACCGUUCACAAAAAGAAGCACAGCAGCGAUGCUCCCUUACCAAAAAAAGAGCACAAAUGUCCGUUCUGCAACAAACUUCAUGCCAGCAAGAAAACCCUGGGGAAACAUGUCAGAAGGUUCCAUCCAGACCACAUCCAACAGUUUUUUACCAAGAAGAAGAAGAAGAGUGAAGGCUGGAAGUGUACUAUUUGUUCGAAGAGCUUCAGCCGCAGGCCUCAUCUGCAGGAGCACAUGAUCCUGCACACCCAGGACCGGCCUUUUAAAUGCACCUUCUGUGACGAAUACUUCAGAUCCAGGUUCGCAAGGCUGAAGCACCAAGAAAAGUAUCACCUAGGUCCUUUUCCAUGUGAAAUCUGUGGUCGUCAGUUUAAUGACACUGGCAACAAAAAGAGGCACAUUGAGUGCACACAUGGAGGCAAGAGGAAAUGGACCUGCUUUAUUUGUGGGAAAUCAGUACGAGAAAGGUCGACUUUAAGGGAGCACUUGAGGAUCCACAGUGGAGAGAAGCCUCAUCUCUGUAGUAUUUGUGGUCAAAGUUUUCGUUACAACAGCUCCUACAGGCUCCAUCUCAGAGUUCACCGUGACGACAAGCGCUAUGAGUGUGACCAGUGUGGGAAAACCUUCAUACGCCACGAUCACCUGACCAAACAUCAGAAAAUACACUCUGGUGAGAAGGCGCAUCAGUGUGAAGAAUGUGGGAAGUGCUUCAGACGCCACGAUCACCUGACAGUCCACUACAAAAGUGUUCAUUUAGGAGAGAAAAUUUGGCAGAAAUAUAAAACUGCUGUGCAUCAGUGUGAGGUUUGCAAGAAAGAAUUUAAAGGAAAGUCCAGUUUAGAGAUGCACUUCAGGACUCACUCAGGUGAGAAACCCCACAGAUGCCCCGAGUGCCAUCAGACAUUUCGGAUCAAGAAGACCCUGACAAAGCACAUGGUCAUUCACUCAGAUGCUCGUCCUUUUAACUGUCCCCACUGCAGUGCCACCUUCAAGAGAAAAGACAAGCUAAAAUAUCACGUGGAUCACGUGCACAGUGCCCGGUUUACUGACCAGCCCCCCAACGAGGACAAAAUUGUCCCAGUUCCUUUUGAGGAAUCCUCCAAGACAUACCAUGCUGGACCUAAGUCAGCUUUGCGGGGCACCUCCCCUCCUACAAAUGUCUGUGUGCCUGUUGCAUUGAUCCAUGUUCAAAUGGAAGGUGCGCAGGGUGACUUGCAUGUGCACAGGGCCUCGUCUCUGUCCACCCAGGCUCACUGCGUGGUUAGCAUGCAAGGACAGCAGCAGAACUCUGGCUACCAAGCCAGCACAGACCUGGCCUUCAUAGAGAAGUACACCCUCACCCCUCAGCCUGCCAACAUCGUCCACCCCGUCAGGUCCGAUCAGAUACUGGACCCUCGAGAGCAGUACUACCUUGGCACACUGCUGGGUCUGGAUUCAUCUUCAUCUGUACAGAGCAUGUCAAACAGUGAUCACACUCACUGAUGCUCCUCAGCAAUCCUCAGCAAAUCUUUAGAGAUCCUUCACAUUAACAUGAACAUCGAGCGUUUAUGUUUGUUUUUAUUAGCAGGUAUAUGCUGUAUGUUUUCUCUUUCACUGGAUUAGCAAAAACAUGCAUGAUGAACUGAUAAAUCAGGAAAUGGAGCUCUUCUAAUUAUUCACCUAUUACAAAUAAUCAGCAAAUAAUGUAAAGAAUAAAGAAUCAUUCAUGUUAACCAUGUAAUACUGGCCGGAAUAAACAGCUAAAUAAACCUUUACUGUUACUGUAACCGGUGCAUGGUCUGUCAGACCUGUCAGAGAUUCUGGGUAUUUUUCUUUUUUAUAAACUCAUGCAAUCAACAGUGUGUGUGCAGAUGAAAUUAAAGAAAAAACUCUGGAGUUCAUCCAGAGAGAGAAGCUGUUGCUUCCUGAGGUGGUUGGUGGUGGAUUUUAUUUUGUGUCAUUUUAUGUAUAAUUUAUGGGUGCUGUACUCAAACUUUGUGUCAUAACCAAUAAAAUCAUUAUCAAGAAGAAAGAUGUGUCUCCUGCAGCAGAACCAGGACUGGAUGGACAGAUGGACAGACAGACGGAUGGAUGGAUUCUUUUGAGACAGGAUUUAAGCAUCAAAA